AUGGUCAUCGCAACGGGUCGAGAUAUCGGCAGCGUCAAGUCCCGCAAGCGAGCCUCUGACGACUCUGCGGACAGCUUUCCCAAGCGGCCCAAAAUUGGUGGCAAGACUGACCUCACAAGAUGGCGAAUGAGGGACGACGAGAGUCGCCAUACGUGGCACUAUCUCGAGGACGACAAGGCAGCUGAGGAGUGGCCGCAGAGCUUUGCUGAAAAAUGGUAUCUGAAUCUGCCCACGGAUCUCCCCGCUCUGCCGAAAGCCACUACACCGCUCGAAUCCGCCGAGAACGGCCUUACCUUCUUCGAAAAGCUCCAAUUGCCCUCUGGCCACUGGGGCUGCGAGUACGGCGGUCCCAUGUUUCUUCUGGUGGGCGUUGUCGUUGCUUGGUACGUGACGAAGACGCCCAUCCCCGACGCCUACGCGACCGAGAUCAAGAACUACCUCACUGCACGGGCGCAUCCCAAAGAUGGCGGCUGGGGACUACACAUUGAAGGAGAGAGCACAGUCCUCGGUACCGCUAUGAACUACACCGUCCUUCGACUCGUUGGCGUGGACCCUGAGGAGCCCAUCAUGGUCAAGGCCAGAGCAACUCUGCACAAGCUGGGCGGCGCAGUGAAUGCCCCUCACUGGGGUAAAUUCUGGCUGGCAGUCCUGGGCGUAGUGGAAUGGGAUAUCGUGAAUCCUGUGCCUCCUGAAAUCUGGCUGCUGCCCGAUUGGGUCCCAAUUGCUCCGUGGCGAUGGUGGAUUCACAUUCGACAAGUGUUUUUGCCUAUGGGUUACAUUUAUUCCAAGAGAUGGAGCUCUGAAGAGACGGAUGAGAUCCGGGGCUUGAGGGAGGAGCUAUUCGUCACGCCCCAUGCAGAGAUCAACUGGGCGAGCCACAGAAAUAGCAUUGCGCCUAUUGACAACUACAACCCAAAGUCAUGGCUGCUCAACACUGUCAAUUGGGUUUUGGUCAAUGUUUACAAUCCAUACCUCCGCUUCAACUUCCUCAAAGAACGAGGAGAGCAAUGGGCAAGUGAGCUUAUCGACAUGGAAGAUGCGAAUACAGACUAUGCGGGCUUAGCACCGGUCAAUUCUCCGAUGAAUAUGAUUGUACGCUAUAUCCGGGACGGCCCAGAUGCGUACAGUGUACGGAGGCACAGGGAGCGACUGGAAGAAUUCUUGUGGGUCAAGGAUGAGGGAAUGCUAUGCAACGGCACAAACGGCGUCCAAUGCUGGGAUACUGCUUUCGCAAUCCUGGCUGUUGUUGAGUCGGGGCUGCACGACAAGGAGCGCUGGCGACCUAUGCUGUUGAAGGCGCUUCAGUAUUUAGAGCGCCAGCAGAUCAGAGAAAACUGCAAAGACCAAGAGAAAUGCUACCGACAACCCCGAAAAGGUGGCUGGCCAUUUAGCAACAAGGAUCAGGGAUAUGGUGUCAGCGAUUGUAUCUCGGAAGCGCUCAAGGCUGUCAUCUUACUGCAAAAGACAGAGGGUUACCCACAGCUUCUUGAAGAUCAGCGAAUUUUCGAUGCCGUUGAUACGCUAUUGCUCUAUCAGAACGACAAUGGCGCGGUCUCAUCAUACGAGCAGCGAAGAGGUAGCGAGUACUUGGAGUUGCUCAACGCGGCGGAAGUAUUUGGCAGGAUCAUGGUUGAAUACGACUAUCCCGAAUGCACAACAGCAUGUGUCACAGUGCUGUCCCUAUUCCGCAAGCACUGGCCCGAAUACCGAACUGACGAUAUCAAUCUGUUCAUCAAGAGAGCUACCAACUGGAUCAAGGGCCACCAAAGGCCUGACGGCAGCUGGUAUGGCAGCUGGGGAAUUUGCUUUACUUAUGCCGGAAUGUUUGCGCUGCAAAGCAUGGCUGCUAUCGGAGAAAAUUAUUCCAACAGCCAAAUUGCCAAGCGAGGCUGCGAUUUUCUCAUUUCAAAGCAGCGCGAAGACGGUGGAUGGUCUGAGAGCUAUCGGGCUUGUGAAACCAUGACAUACACUGAGCAUGAAUCGGGAUCUCUUGUCGUGCAGACGGCAUGGGCCCUGAUUGCCUUGCUCGAGGCAGAUUACCCCGACAUGGAGCGAAUCAAGAAAGGUAUUAAGCUCAUCACCGACCGACAACAGGCAAAUGGCGAGUGGCUGCAGGAGAGCAUUGAGGGCGUUUUCAACAAAUCUACCAUGAUUUCCUAUCCAAACUACAAGUACACGUUUACGAUCAAGGCGCUGGGGCUGUUUGCCAAGAAGUAUCCAGACGAGAAGCUAUAA